CCCAUCCUUCCACAACUCACCACUGAGAUGGAUCCCUUGGUCGCCACGGCCAUUGAAGCCCCUGAUAGUCACCCUCCGACACCGCCUCCUGCCGCCUCUCCACCAGACCAGCCUGGCCAGCUGUGGGCCAUUAGCGACAUCCAUCUCAGCUACAAGACCAACCGCGAGGCUUGGGAGAAGUUGCUGCCCAAACAGAAUGACGGCCUGAUCCUGUGCGGCGACAUGGGCGAGUCAACCGAGCAUCUUCGGGCAGCCUUCACCACGGCCACCGCUUGCUUCCGCCAGGUUUUUUGGUGCCCAGGCAACCAUGAGCUGUACACGAUGCCCUCGCAGAAAGAGCAGGGUGCGCGCGGUGAAGACAAGUAUCAAGAGUGCGUCCGAGUGGCCCGCGAGUUUGGCGUCUUGACGCCCGAGGAUGAUUACGUUUUGUGGGAAGGCGAGGGCGGCCCGUGCCUCAUCGCGCCCAUCUUCGUCUUGUAUGAUUAUAGUUUUCGCCCUUCCCAUGUCCGCCUGGAAGACGCUCUCGACUGGGCUCGCGAGGAGAAUAUCGAGGCAACCGAUGAGCACCUCUUGCAUCCCGAUCCCCAUGAGUCGCGCAUCGCUUGGUGUCAUGCGCGCCUCCGUCACACUCACGACAAGUUGGCAGCCGCCAACGCCGCCUACCCCGACACGAAGCUCGUCAUUUUCGGCCAUUGGCCCUUGCGCGAGGAUCUCGUCAAGCUUCCUUUAGUUCCCCGAUUUAGCCUGUGGUGUGGUACCAAGGAGACCGAGGACUGGCACCAGAAAUUCAACGCCAAAGUCGUCGUGAGCGGCCAUCUCCACAUCCGCCGUACAGAUUGGCGCAACGGCACUCGUUUCGAGGAGGUCAGUCUCGGAUAUCCACGCCAAUGGCAACACUGCCUGGACCAUGGUCUAGACGUGAAUGAUUUGCUGCGAGAAAUACUCCCAGGCCCUAGUGCCCCCAUGUCCGAGGCAACUCAAUGGCGUCGUUAUGCCUGA